AUGAUAGACGACGUCCGAUAUCCAGCACAAAUGGACACUCGCUGUGCAGACCCGGAGUUGCAGCUCGACGUCGACCUCAUGGUGUUGGAGUAUACUCUGUUCCGGGCCGUCGAGGCUCACUUGGAGGCCCUGUGUGAAGGACAAUGUCAACACGACCACGAGGACGAUGACGACAAGGCAAUGUACGGACCGCAGCAGCGAAUGCUUGUCAUCUUCGACGGCUUCCUCAAGGUCUUCAACCACCACCAUCCUUGCUACGAGCAGUCGGCCGAGUUCAAUUAUAGGCUACAGAUCCUAGAGUUCCUCGUCUUGCUGUUAUAUCGCCGCACUCAGGUCAUCGCCACGGGUCGUUCCUCCGCAAACUCGUCGGGGGUUUACAACCGCACAAUGAGCGAUCUGAAGGAUCGUCGAAGAUGGCUCGCCAGGCGUGAGAGAGAUUCCCACGUUGGGAUCCACAAUGAUUAUACAGCGGCCGAAGAAGCUGACAAGGAGCGGGCCUGGAAUCUAGAGCAGCAGAUAUACAGCACCUGGGACACGACCAGACUACCUCACGCGCCAUCAGCCUCACCGCCAACAGCUCUUCCUUCAAAUCCCUCGCUCCUGUCGCCGCUCCUGCCGCGCUUCAUGGCCAUUUCCGCAUCCUUUGUCGACGUUGUGAGGCAAGGGCCGGACGACUUCUGGAUGGACGUCGCCUGCGAAUUCAUGUUGCAGGCGAGUCUCGAAUCGCUGCGACUGCGCAGCCGAGGGGGUGGGUCGGUAGAGUGUCUCCCGAGACUCGCGGACUGCUUUGCAUGGGGCUACCUCGGCGAUCUCGACACGUCGCUCAAUGGCGAAGGGGACGCUCAUCCAGCUUCGUAUGAUAACCACGACCAUGAGGAAACAGCAGAAGAGGAGGCCGAGGCAUUCAACAACCUCUUCCGCUCACCCCCCGCCGAGUGUCUCAGAAACAUCGAACACCCAUCCUGGACCCAACUGCGCCUCGACACGCUACAAGAAUUCUCCGCCGCUGGGGGAGACUCGUCCACCGCCGCCGCGUCCCAGACCCGCCGCCUCGAGCGCCUGGUCGAGAAAUACCCCCGCGCCGAGUUCCAGCACCGGCUCGCCCUUCUGCUCCGCGCCAUGGAAAAGGGCGUACAAAGACUCAGUAUGACUUAG